UUCUGGUUGUUGCCAUAUGAAACCCGCUUGCCACUCAUAUUUUAAAAGAAGCGCGUGAAGACCUUCUCCGUGGAUUUGUGGGCUUCGCGCGGCAGGAAGGGGGGGACUCAGCCCACCCAGUCCGCCAGGCAGCCGCCUCGAACCGCCGCUGCUGCUGCUGCUAGUUGUUGUUCGGUAGCUGGUGCGCAAACUGAAAGCUGCGUGUUAACGCGAAGUGGCGGAUGUGAAGAGACGUGUGCCGACCUUCUCCGAAACGGGAACUUCUCUUUAAAGGUUUUUUUUAUUUAUUUAUUUUUUUUUCGUCGGAAGAGUGGACGGGAUAACGCGUGAGGGGGGAGGAAACACCAGCAGAGCUCGGCUCGGAAGGGAAGAGAGAGAGAAAGGAGUGUUGCCUUCUCUUCUCUUCUCUUCUCUUCUCUCUUACGGGAACUCAGUUGCUGGCUCUUUUCUGCUGAGGUUGUCUCUGCGAAACGUCGGUGAUAUCUGAGCUAAUUCCCUUUUACCGGAGCUGCGUGGACGAACCAGUCGGAUGAGGAUUACCUUCCGGCAUAAAUAAGGCCCUUUGGAGAAACAUGUGAUGACCCACGCAAGGCAGACCGCUUCCCUCAGGCAGAACCACAGUAAUUCUGACUGGUGGGACACCAGCCAUACCUGGCCUCAUGGUGGCACUAUGGGCGGCGACUGGCCUGAGCGAACCUUACGUUUCGGCAGGACAAAGAAGAUAAGUGUGGUCACAAGACAAAAGAAAGACCAAGAGCCCAAAAGGAUGAAUGAGAAGAGGGAAGGAAGAAAAAAGCCGGACGAGAGCAGACAGCUUGACCAAAGGCGAGACAAGAAACGGGUCCGAAAGUUGUACCCGCUGCGUGGUCGGGGUGGGAAUCCAGAGGAGGAGCUCAGCUGCCAUGUUCUCCUUACCCGAUUGGAAGAAGGCUCACAUGACAAGGGGAGGUCUAAAGGCAAAGGAGGAAAAGACGGGCCCAAAACCAAACCCCAAAUGGACAAAACCAGAGACAGAAUGAAGGCAAAGUCACUACCAAAAGCCAAACUAAAAUCAAAACAUAAAGGUCUGGCUGACUAUUCUGAGCUGAGAGACUUACAGCCACGCAAGCGCAGACUGGCAUCUCUCAACGCUGAGGCAGUGAAUAGUUUACUGCUUGAAAGACCCACCGACGCCCAACCAGUAACCAAACAGGCCAGGAGGCAGGAGGAUCCUCUGGACGGAGUGGAUCCAGCCAGAAGUUCUUUGCCUGCAAGUCCGAAAGCUUCACGAGGGAACAUUAGUAAAGUCUCUCCGCCCAACAAGGUUGAACUGUUCCAAAGUCCUAAGCCGAGCAAGAAGGCUAAAACCAGCCGAGGCGAUGAAAGAGUCUGGAUGAGUCAGGAGUGUUUAAAUGCACCUGCACCAAGACGACUAGCUGGACUCAAUGCUGCAGCCCUGCUGAAGUUAACAAGCUCCUCAGUCACCAGUAAGCAGAGAGUAAAGGCAGCACCCACUGCAACGGUUACGUCCAACUCUACGGCUCCUGCCGCGGCCUCCACCCCAAAGCAGCACCACAGCGUUAAACUCCAAAACAAGCACCACUUACAAAAGAAAGGCAAGAAGCCCCCUCUGCCGCCCAGUGGUUGCUCAGCCUGCAAGAAAAAAGCGGACUUUGAACCCAAGGUGGAGUGGGAGACGAGCAACUGCACCCACCGCCUGACCAAACCAGGGUAUCAGUCUCGUAGCAUGCUAGGUUUCCCGCUAAAGCAGGUGAAGGAGGAGCAACUGGAAACUGAACUGAGCCCAUACUACUGCUGUCCCCCAGAGGGUUCUGUGGAGUACUGCCACCGCUUGGCCUGCUUCCUCGGCCAGCAACCGUACGGAGACUCCGAUGACCAGCCUCUAAACUCAGCCAUGACCCCCUUGAAGCCAGAGUGCCUAGUAACCUCGCCAUCUCUCACACAUUCCCACCCACACCGAGCACUCGCCCUUACCCCCCACCCAUGCCUCUGCACUGCUGACCACUGCUUCCCCGGCUACUACGUCCACAUCACCCAUCCAACGCACACUGGACAGACUUCAGCAGCCCUGGCCACACGGCCUCUCAACUUCAGCUCCACCGGCUUGUGCCCCAGUCGCAUUACCGGAUCCAAGCUCCUGGGGGGUCAGGUAUCGCACCCGUCCGGUUUAGGCCACCCCGCUUACUGCAACUCUGUGGCUUCCCCCUGUUACGGAGAUGCCUGCGGGAUCAGUGGCUACAGCUACAGAGCGCUGCCUCCAGUGACGGGCAGCGGUUGUUCUUUUAGUGCGGGAUGUACCGGAUGUACGCACAGCAUCAAGACAGAGGCUUACACAACCCCAGAGGGCGACCACAGCCCUUCCCUUCUGGUUCCCUCCACCAUGCCGAUCGCCCAGUGUCCGCUGUCCGGUGUGGCCACUUCCACACAGACUAAAAGCCGCCUGCUGACCCCUCUGUCUGGCCGAGAUCAGCCCCAGGCCAUGUUAAAGCUAGCUAAGGAAUGCCCUCAGAGCACAAAGGCCUCCAAUGGCUCCUCUGUGGGCCACACCCGGCUCCUGACGAAACAGACAACCCCGGUGCCAACCCUCGGCAGCGGCAAACAGAAGAAGAUCAGCCGCAGACGUGCGACGAACGGCUGGCGGCCUGUUGGCAUCCCCACAGACAGGGAGGUCUUCGUUGCGGGAGAAGACGAGGCCGCAAUGCGGAGGUGUUACGAGGGAGUCGAGAGGGACGGCGAAGUGAUCCGUGUCCGAGACACCGUAUUGCUGCGAUCCGGUCCCAGGAAGAAGUCCCUGCCGUAUGUUGCCAAGAUAUCAGCAUUGUGGGAGGACCCCAAAACAGGAGAGCUGAUGAUGAGCCUUUUCUGGUACUACAGACCUGAGCACACCCAGGGAGGCCGAGAUCCCAGAGCACACUGUGAGAAUGAGAUUUUCGCCUCUCGGCAUCAGGAUGAAAAUAGUGUGGCCUGCAUAGAAGACAGAUGCUACGUUCUCCCUCUAGCCCAGUACUGUCGAUUUUGUGCCUUGGUGAAGCGGCGUGCCGAAGGCGCCCCGCCUGGCAGGGCCAGAAUGGUGCCCUUCCGGCCUGACUUCGCCCCUCCCUCCCACCGCUGCGUGCCCACAGACGUCGACCCCGAGCUGGUGUACCUCUGCCGGCACGUCUACGACUUCCGAUACGGACGCAUCUUGAAGAACGUGCAGUAGAGCGAGAGCCUCCCCCGUCUCUCCCCCGUCGCAAUUAUCCGCCUUCACAGAGGAGGGGCAGCUGAAGAACUGAAGACCUCCACCCCUGUUAGCGAUCAGUGUGAAAAGCGGGGAGACUGGGGAGGUAGUGGGGGGGCGGGGGGAAUUGCAUGUACACAUUAUGAAGCACAGAUCCCUUUAGUUACAUACCAAGAAGUUAGAAUGUCGUGGGGAAUCUCAGCUCAGUCAGAGAGCUAAACUCCAUCCAUCUGUUCAGAUUUUUCCCCACCUCGCCUUCCCUGCCAGAAACGCCGAGCGCCGCGGCGGUCAGAACCGCGUCCCCCCCUCACCCCGCCCGAAGCACGUCAGCGCAACAAUCAUGUUUGUUCCGUUUGAGAGCCGCCGGCGCAGCAACGGUCCGGCACGCCGCUCCGCUGCUUCCAGGGAAACACGGGGCCGGCCCUGUCAGCUCCGCGUUAACGCCGCUCGACAAGCAUGGGUGAAAGAGCAGCUAAUGGAGAGUGUCAUCCUUUUUCCCCUGAUUUGACUCUGCACAUCGUGCGUGUGUGUGUGUGUGUUUGUGUGUUGAGUGUUAUCACUGAGGUUAAAUAUAGUGACAUUUAGGAGGCUUUUAGGUAAUCAAACCCAGCAAGAAAGUAGCUUUAGAUGAAGUGGAGCAUUUUAUUUUUUUUAUGUUGUUGUUGUUGGGGUUUUUUUAAACCGUUUCACAUUAAGCAACUGAUCGGCAAAGAUCACCGUGUAUUCCUGAUAAUACACGGUACUAUCAGUGUAUUACAAUACCCUGAUAACCAUAUGUUAACCAUAUGUUUUCACCAUAUAAGUAAAAAACUUACGGUUUUUACUUAUAUGGUGAGAAAAAAAAUCCCAGUCAGUGGAUUAAAAAACUCGACUGCACAUGGCUGCAAAUGACGACCGAUGUUUUGAUUUUAUGCACGUCAUAUAAGAGACCAGGAAGCAGAAACAUUGCAAAAGUAUUUAUUCCCCUUUAGAAUGUUCCUGUGUUACAACCAUGAAUUUGAAUGUAUUUCAUGCUGUUUUUUUGUGUUAGACCAACACAAAGUCGCACAUAAAUCAGAAUAGCUGUCAUGGAAAUUUAGUUCUUUAUGAACUAAAAUCAGAUUAAAUAUUUCAACAGUGAAUACGGGGCAGAGUUAGUGUUUCACGACACAAAGUGUUUUAGAAACAAGCCAAAAAGCUUUGUUUUAAAUUAAUCUUAACGGCAGCAUUUACUCCUUGAUGUUUGCUAAUGUUUAGGGUUUUUUUUGUGACUUUUCCUUCUUUCCUUCAUUUGUGGAUCGGGUAACUUUCAGUUCAGCCAGACAUGUUCUGAAAGCAAUUUGUUGCAGGGCAGUGAAUGCAAAUUGUCAGCUUUUGAGAUUUCGGUUGUAAGAUAAAUUUGACUAAUUUGGCACCACUGCGUGUUGGUCUUCCACUUAAAAUCAACGUUAAGCACAUUUGAAUUUGUGGUUGUGACGAGACGUAAAAUUUGCCAACACUUUUGCACUGUACUGUAUUUCUGUUCCUUUCCAGUCUCCACGUUUAGGACAGUUUUCACGUCGCCUGAUUCCUGAUUCCUGCAGCCUGUCCAGGAGAAACCAGAGGACGGGGCGCAAAUUUGAACGCCCCAAAUCUCCGCCUCGUCGUCGGCGCUCGUCCCCAUGUUUUGUUGCACUAAAACCAAUCCCUCAUGAAAACACACGAUCGCCUCUUUGUUUCGUAUCGGAGCUGCUGAGACAUUGGCGGGACGUGAACGGCGGGGCUUACUGUAGCGCAUUUGUUUGGGUGUUGCCUUGUUUAUUGCGAAGGAGACAUUACAGUUUGUGCAAACUGUUCGUUUUGACGACCAGAGACAAGUCGACCAACACGUCUGCCAUGGUAACUUGACGCUCUUUGUACUGGAUGAAAUCAGUAUGGAUCUAGAGUCAUUCCUUUUUCGUUUUCCCCUCACAUAUAAUCCUAUAAAUACUCGGUAUGUAUUUAUGUAUGUAUUCACACUGUUAAUGUGACUAGAUGUGCAGAAGGCUUCGGGAUUCAGUCCUGGCUUGCUGUGCAGGCAAUCGUAGCACUGUGAUCGGUGUGUGACUGGACUGAAGGGGUGUUCCAUGCUUUCAGGUGAAGCUUUCGCCGAUCACAAACCACGCGCCCUCUCAUUGCCUCCACCCCUGCGACGUUUGAGUUGCAGCUGUAAAAGAUCCCCCACUCUCUGAAGCCAUUUGUAUCUCCCCUCCUCCUCUAUUUGAAGCGCAUCAAUCCUGACUCAAAACUAAAUCAAACCCUACGUUUCCUUCUUUUCCCCACUGGAGUCUUCAAAAAGGAAAAAAAUAUAUAAGUCUAUAUAUUCUCCUUACUUCACAAUUUCUCCUCCUCCUAAAGAAUAUUUUAUUAUGUCGAUUUGCUAAGAUGGCACAUGCAAUAUAUUUUUUAGAAUUACUAUUUUUGAAGAAUGAACUUAAGAAAUCUUAACAAAGUAUACGCUUUUCUUUUCUUUUUCCAGUAGCUAUCAGGUCGGUCUAGAGUCGAUGUUUGACCAAACGAAAGAGAAAUAUAAGGAGAACAUAUCUGAACCCCAGGAAGCAUCUUUAAACAAGCAGACAGCCAAUGCACAGUGUAGAAAUUAUUAUUUUUUUCCCUUGCAAGAUCUGUAAUGAUUAUAUUUAAAGUAUAUUUAAAUGGAGAAAACAAUUGAAUAUAUUAAGAUGUCAGUUUUAAGUUAUUUGGGACUAAUUAUGUAGAUUUUGUGUAUUUGUGCUUCAGGACAGAAAAGCAGUUUUUUUGUUUAUUUGUAAUCUUACAAGCUUAAUGAGGUUUAAUAGCAGAAACGUAACCGUAGGUUAGCUUUGUUGAGACCAGAGCAAUUUUCACCCAAAGCACCUUCGCUCUGGAGGACCUCCGUUCGGCUCCCGAAUGGCCGAACAGAAACCGGACCGACCUUAACGGGACAGUUCGGGACUUUUUCUAACCGAGGUUCUGCAAAUGUGAGGAGCAGUUCAUAUCUUGCGACCUUCAACAAACGCGCUCUGCAUUGAUUCUGAACGAUCCCUUGAGGCGUGCAGUUUGGGAGAAGGGUCACCUGAGCUUUCAUUGACAGGGCAACAGGGGACGGGAGGUUCCUCCGAGGUCCUAAGCUGAAACCAGAAACCCUGGUGCAAAAGGUCAGAUGUCACUUGCGAAAGAUGUAAAGUAUUAUUGGAUGUAGACUGACAGUAUUUCAAAACGGUUGCCCUUAAAACUCUACAAGGAGCAUCCCUUUCUGUCUUGUUCAGGUUAACUGGUGGAUCGGCAUAGAUGUUGACAUUAGCAUAGAUGACAAUAUUAUCAUGUUGGCUUUCACUAGCUGGAUGGCUAGCAUUAACUCAGUCCAUUCAGCAAGUAGGCUUUUGCAUUAAUGUCAAAAUUAGCAUUGAAGCUAAUGCUAGCUUAAUCAUGAAUCAUAAAGAUGUCUUUUUGCCCCCUAGAGGUCAGCCAAUGCAAGAUUACAGAUGCUGUCACACCAACGUCCCUUAUCUGUUCGCCGGCCAGAAGCAGCCGAGGAAAGCUCAGACAGCCAUGUGCUCCCCUCCCCAAGUGCUGGCCAGCCUUGCAAAACGCAUGGACUUAGAUAGCCUGCUGUCAUUCAGUAACCUAAUCAGCCACAGGCUUUUUGCAUGGAGACAGUUGUGUCCUUAUUUCCAUGAAAACAAGGUUGGGCAAGCACUCAGGAAUAAGAAGUUUCAGCGAACUAUGAUGUGAAACACUGAGUGACCUUCGCUGCCGCGUGUGUGUGUGUGUGUUUGGGCGUGCGUGCGCUUCUGUGUGCGUGUUCACUCCCAUCAGACAAAAAGCACCCGACCAACCUGUGAGAUUCAGCUUUCUCUGUGGCCUGUAUUGAUGCUUAUUGUUGGCAUAUAUUUUGAUAUAUUUUGAAAAUGUGGGAUAUACAGUUUAGAUAUUUUUGGAGUAGAAAGAGUUACGUGUAUCAGAUCACUGUCACUUUGUCAUGCUCUCUGAAGAUCUCUUGGAUUUUUUUAAUUUUAUUUUAUUUUAAAGACUAUAUCAUCCCAACUGAUUUAAUGUAAUGUUGAGAGAAUAUUUAUAAAAUUUAAGUCCUUUGUGAAAA